CAUGUCCAUUGUACGAGGUGUUCUGAAAGAGUGCCGCGAUUGUUGAGGUGCAGGUAGUUAAAUACGUGAUUUCUUCAAAGUUGUGUCAUUUGUGGUAGCCGGUCGCCACAUUUUAGCGCAGGAUCGUACGGAAUUGAUGUCAUAUGCGAAUCUCACAGAAACGUAGCCAUUUGUUACAGGGGUAAACAGUGGCGGUCUCACCAUAGGAAUUUGUUCGUUAGCGGCAGCUCAGCCACCCUGCGGUCCUGCUCGAACGGCUAGCUAACGUUAGCAGCACCUGUUUUGUGGUGUGAAUCUACCGGAGAGCUGUCGGGAUAUGUCUCUAACAAAAGGUUGUCCUGUUUCGAAAUAAGUCGCCGGGUUCGGGCCAAAACAUCAAGGGCUGUUAGCUCGCGAACUAGCCACUUAGCCGAGCUAACUAGCUAACGCUACCGGAUUGUCUUUCACAAAAGGGCAACGCGUGAACAAGAGACCUGGUAGCUAACCAAACGCUUGGUUCGUCUUUACUAUUUUAUUGUUUGAGUUGUCGCACAUAGAGCAUUACAGUACAGAAUGAAUGGGUUCAGCACAGAGGAAGACAGCCACGAUGGACCGCCGGCUCCGCCGUUUUAUGGACAGAGCUGCUGUCUGAUCGAGGACGGAGAGCGCUGCGGCCGGUCAGCUGGAAACGCCUCCUUCAGCAAGAGGAUCCAGAAAAGCAUAUCGCAGAAGAAACUCAAACUGGACAUCGACAAGAGUGUGCGACACCUCUACAUCUGCGACUUCCACAAGAACUUCAUCCAGAGUGUCCGCAACAAGAGGAAGAGGAAGACCAGUGACGAUGGAGGAGAGUCCCCGGAUCAUGACGUGGAGGUUCCUGAGGUCGACCUUUUCCAGCUGCAGGUGAACACGUUGAGACGCUACAAGCGACACUACAAGCUGCAGACCAGACCCGGACUCAACAAGGCCCAGCUGGCAGAGACGGUGAGUCGUCACUUCAGGAAUAUUCCAGUGAACGAGAAGGAGACGCUGACCUACUUUAUUUACAUGGUGAAGAGCAGCAAGAGCCGCUUGGACCAGAAAGGCGACGGCGGCAAACCGCUGGACUAAACCUCCCGACGACAAGCAGAGCGGCAGUAGCUCCAUCAGUAACCGGCAACCGCAGCGACAAACAGCAACGGCGGUUAUUCUCAAAACCUGGACGCCACUAACCGCAACAACAGCCAAAACCAGCUCCUCCUGCAACCCUGUCACCGUCCCGCUCCUCUGUGAGACCAGAACACAAACUCCUGCUGUCCUGAGAGGACAUUUAACUGAAACAGAGGAGAAUUCAGGGCAGGAUGAGUUCACUUUUGCUCAUUUUGUCCUCCUCACCUAAAAGCAGCCUCUGCGCAUGUCGUCACAGCGAUCGAUCCUCCUCCAGCGCAUUUGCUCCUCCUCUCCUCCGCAAAAGCCGGGUCCCAAAAGACUGUCGAGGACCGGGACUCGCUCUGCAGGGUUUUACGUCGUCAUGCUGUAAUGUAACUUAUCAAUAUAUACAAAAGAACAGUGUCAGAGUCCAACUUUAGUAACUUGGUUGAAUGCAAUGUACAAUAUAGCUGCCUUAAGAGUAAAAAAACGAAACGCGUUUCGGUAUAUUGGGGAAUCUUUUCUUUGACUGUUAACAUGUUCACCAUGGAAUGCUUGUGCCAAACAGGAAAGCGUGUCGGGUUGAAUGAUAUCAAGUGGAUUUUUCUUUUCUUUUUUUUUUUAAAAUUGAGAAUGAAUCCUUGGAAAGGGCGCCGCCUCCGCCAAAGUUACGCCAAGCAUAUCAGGGCUCGGGGUCAGUUUUCUCCUCCGGCGGCUCAAGAUUCACGUUAAAUCCACCCUUCUCAAUAAUGUCUGAAACAGAUUGAAAACAAGCUGAUCUCAGUCCUGAUCUUUAAUCUUUCAGUCGCCCUUUUCCAGCUGGAGGUGAUGCGUUUAAAGACAGGUGGUGGUGAAUGAUGUAGCAUUUGGCUGUGGCCCGCUCUUCUCCUUCUCGCUAGCUGUUUGAUGUACGUAUGAACACACACAUUUAUUUCUUCCGUGCAUCGCAGGUGUUGGUAGCUCUUUUUUUUUCUUUGUAUCCCAGUUUUCUCUCCUCCUCUUUAGUUAAGCCUUAAGUUGUAUAAAGUUGUGUCUGUCUGCAUAUUUGAUUUUGAUUUCUCCAUCCCCCCCCCCCCCCCACACACACACACACCUGAAGUGGAAUGUGUGUUUGUGUGUGAUAGGGGUGAUUACUAGCAUCAUUUUAAUAUUUAAGAGCAGUGUUUGUGGACGACGUCUCAACUCUUGAUUUCACGCUGAACAUACCGGAUGUAUUUCAAGAAGCUGGGUCGACAAGUUGGCGACUAAAGCAGAAAAAGAAUGAAAUGUUCUUUUGAAGAAUUGAUCAAAUUAAAACGUGCCCUCCCUCCACGUCCGCCAGCAAAAAUCACAGUUUUACUGGACGUUGGUUAAUGAGGUCGUCCAACACAAAUCUAAUUUGGCACCAAAUGUGGCGUCACACCACAGCCGGCUUUUUGUUGGUGUUUCUUUACACUCGGACUGAGUUUACUGCAUGACCAUCUGAAAGAUUCACAUUUGUAUGUAAACACUAAAGCGCAGUGACUCUGCAUUUUGGCCAUUUUCUUAAUAAUGAAUCUGACAAAUAUUCAAGUAAUUGAUGAAUUAUGUAGAAAGAUCUUUUUGUUUUGUUUUGUUUGAUUGGGUUUAUGUUUCAAUAAAUGUAAGUCACAAGCCAUGAUGGGAAGUCACCAGUAGCCACCAGUGACCCCAGUUAACAUCAAACUUUUAAUAUGAAGAAUCCGACACUGCAGAAAACCUACAAGCUUAUUUAAAUUCUUAAUGCACUGCUGAAACCUCCAGGCCGUGGACAACUUUUGGUUUUGCAUCUUCUCAGAUCUUCAGCUCCAGCUCUUUGCUCGUCGGUUUUUACAGUGAUUGCACACAGUUCGGAGUUCUUGUUGGGGUUCUUUUCAAAUACUCUUCAUCCUCUGUCACACAUUGUAUUUAUGUUUGUCCACCACACUGAGUUAAUCUACUUCUGACAGGGUUGUUAUUAUUAUUUUUAAGUGUCUGUUAUACUUUCUGUUUUGCUUGUAGGUUUGUUAGUGUCAUGUAGAUAACACCCAACUUUAUUAACACAUAGGCCAGGCCACAUUAACCUAAUUGUUGUAUUAGAAGAAAAAAAAAAAGAUAUUUAAAUAUGGCUGCUUAUUGCUCCUAGUGAUGAUAAUAAUAAUAAUAAAUGUAUUGUACAGGCAGAGGCAACAUUCUCGUUUCUCGUCUCUAUUCAUUCACAGGUAUUAUUACACCGUAUAUAUGAACACAUUAAAAAAAAAAAAAAAGAUGCAGCCUGAUGAAUUGUUUCUUUUGUCAGUAACCGCCAUCGACCACCAGGUGUCACUGUAGACCCUCCUUUUAAUUGGGCUGUAUUUUAAAACACCAGGACGAAACUAAAUCAACAAAAUAACAGCAGCAGUGACAC